ACACACACUCAUCACACAUCCUCUCCUUCCCUCUCAGCACCAAUACACUCAUCACACAUCCUCUUCUACCCUCUCAGCACACACUCACCACACAUCCACUCCUACCCUCUCAGUCAGCACCAACACACACUCAUCACACACACACCUCUACUUUCCCCAUCAGAACCAUCGGAGGAGGAGGCGGCUUCAGUAAGUAGGCUCUUCUGAGCUCACUUCCGCUCGCUCAGAGCGUCUCAGUCGAUCCGCCCGUCGCUGCUCCCGUUCUUCCAUUUGCAGCGCGUCGCUCCACGGAGAGGAUCCGCUCCCAGCCCUCGGGACCCGCAUGCGAAGCGCACACCGCCCGCCGGAUAAGCACUGUCUAGUAACGCAACUGGACUACUUUUUUCUAUUUACAUUCGUUGUUGUUUUUAAGAUUUUGUUUUUGCACGAAACAUCGGGACAGAAACUGAUUCUAACUACAAAAUGGAGAACGACGGCAAAUAUCUCCCGGAGCUGCUGGCCGAGAAGGACAGCCUGGACGCGUCCUUUACGCACGCCAUGAAACUUUUAACCGCAGAGAUUGACAGAGUCCAGAAAGACGAGCCUAAAAAGGAAGGGGGAGAGGCAUACCUGGACCUUUUCACAACCAAGAACAUCAAACUCAAGGAGCGAGUGCUGAUCCCCGUCCAGCAGUAUCCCAAGUUCAACUUUGUGGGGAAGAUCCUGGGGCCGCAGGGGAACACCAUCAAGAGGCUGCAGGAGGAGACGGGAGCCAAGAUCUCCGUGCUGGGCAAGGGCUCCAUGAGGGACAAGGCCAAGGAGGAGGGCAUGAGGAAAGGUGGGGAGCCGAAGUACGCCCAUCUGUCCAUGGAGCUGCACGUCUUCAUCGAGGUUUUCGCUCCCGUCCCCGACGCCUACCUACGCAUGGCCCACGCCAUGGAGGAAGUCAAGAAGUUCCUCUUCCCUGACAUGAUGGACGAUAUCUGUCAGGAGCAGUUCCUGGAGAUGGGUUACCUGAACGGGGGCCAGGAGCACGGGGCCCGGGGCCGAGGGGGCCCCCCUCUCAGGGGCCGGGGUGGCCCCCCCAACGGAGCACCCAGGGGGAGGGGCAUGCCUCCCCGCGGCGGCGCUACCAGGGGCCCGGUGGCCCGCGGGGGCCCGGCCAGGGGCACCGCGGUCAGGGGAGCUCCAGCGGGCAGAGGCGGGCCCCCGGCGGCGCCCUCCAGGGGGGCGGCCGCGCCCCGGGCCAGACCCCCCGCGGCCGGGCCCCCGCAGAGGAUGGCCCCGCCGCCCCCACACCAGCACGCCCCCGCAACGGCCGAGGCCUACGAGGAAUACGCCUACGAUGAGAGCUACACGGAGCCGGCCUACGAGUCGUAUGACAGCUACUACAGCCAGCCGCAGGCGGAGCCAGAGUAUUACGACUACGGACAUGGGGAGACAACGGAGACGUAUGAGUCCUACGGUCAGGACGACUGGAACGGCACCCAGCGCGCGGCCCCUGGGAAGGCCCCCCCCCCCCCUAGGGCUGCCAAGGCGCCGUACCGGGAGCACCCGUACCGACAGUACUGAGGCCGGACUCUGGCCCCGCCCACCGUAAACAGCGUUGCCCCUCCCCCUUUCCCAUAAGCCACCUCACCUCCUGACUGUCCACGAGGCAGCUGUCGCCUUUAAGCAGCUUCGACAAAAGUAAUUGUUCCCUUUUUAAAUCUUUACUUUGACCUCUCUUUCUCUCCUUGGUUGGCGUUCUGCCCCGGUUACCCCUGGAUUUAUCCCCUCGCACAAGACGAGCCAAAAAGACGAACUGGUUUUGGGGUUUGACAGCAAUGCCCUUUUUUCUGCCCCCCCCCCCGCCCCUUCCUUGUAAGGGUACCUUCCCACCUGCCGCCCCCCCAGCCUUCCCGUCCUGAGAGCGGGACGGUUAGGGAACUUUCAGCGCCUCUCCGUCUUCUUUCAGCGUUUGGUUUCUUUGUUCCUCUGUAUUUAUUCCCUCCUUUCUCUCUGGCUCAGUUACACAUUGCUGGGUUGUUAUUUCAUCCUUGAUCGUUUCUUUUUAUUCUUAUUAUUUCCAACACCGUAUUGAAGUCGAUCUUUUUUUAGUGAAGUUUAAGUGGUUCCUAAUCUACUUGUUAAAAAGGAAACCAUUUAAUUGUUUUCUAAAAAAAAAGGAAAAAAGGAAAGAAAGAAAAAUCUGUCCAGUGCGUUGCAGAUUCCCAUUAGGCUACAUUUCAAAAUUCUGUUUUUAAUACAGCCUAAUAAAAGUCCUCUUUAAACUUCAAUUAUGUAAUGUAGACACAAAAAAUCAUAAAUUAAAGUCAUAAGACCUGUUAAUGGCAUACAAUUCAAUUCAAUCAAUUCUUGAUAAUUACCAUUUGAUUUUAAAUAGCUUAAACAAAAUUAUGGCCAUUUAGACGCAGGCAGCAAUAUUUUGUCAUUGUAGAGUUUUGAAAUAUAGCCCUUAUUGACACUGUAGAGAUUGAUUGUCCUGAUAUCCUUAAUUUGCUUGUGGUUCAAAGUAAAUUCUAAGCCGCUGAAGACAAAAUGUAUAAAUUAUAAUUAUUGAUGUAAUUAACAAGGCCUAGAGGCCCUCUGUUAGAUAAUAUUAAUCCAGGUCUUCACAGUGUGGUUCUGAUCUAUAAACUGCAUGCUUAAACAACACAAAGGAGCAUUGGGACAUAAUAUCUCCACAUGGGUCUUCUCUUUCAGCAGAGAAGGGAUCCUGCAGCUUAAAAGAAACUAUUGUACAUAUUUAAAACAUCCAAACUGUUCUUGCCAGUAAUAUCUGUACCCUCUCCAUUAAACAAAAUGCAUUAUGCUACAUGUGUAAGCUUGCCUAAAUAGGUAACUAAAUUUGUCCAAACGAUGUUUUGCAGCAGUUUGUCAAUAAAGCUUAGUUUUUUUUUAAUGAAA